AUGACCUACAGGCGCAGCGGGGCGGCCUCGGUGGUGCUGAACGUGGGCGGCGCCCGGUACUCGCUGUCCCGGGAGCUACUGAAGGACUUCCCGCUGCGCCGCGUGAGCCGGCUGCACGGCUGUCGCUCGGAGCGCGACGUGCUCGAGGUGUGCGACGACUACGACCGCGAGCGCAACGAGUACUUCUUCGACCGGCACUCGGAGGCCUUCGGCUUCAUCCUGCUCUACGUGCGCGGCCACGGCAAGCUGCGCUUCGCGCCGCGGAUGUGCGAGCUGUCCUUCUACAAUGAGAUGAUCUACUGGGGCCUGGAGGGCGCGCACCUCGAGUACUGCUGCCAGCGCCGCCUCGACGACCGCAUGUCCGACACCUACACCUUCUACACGGCCGAAGAGCCGGGCGCGCUGGGCCGCGACGAGGCGCGACCCGGCGGUGCCGAGGCGGCCCCCUCCCGGCGCUGGCUGGAGCGCAUGCGGCGUACCUUCGAGGAGCCCACGUCGUCCCUGGCCGCGCAGAUCCUGGCCAGCGUGUCGGUGGUGUUCGUGAUCGUGUCCAUGGUGGUGCUGUGCGCCAGCACGCUGCCCGACUGGCGCGCCGCGGCGGCCGACAACCGCAGCCUGGAUGACCGGAGCAGGUACUCCGCCGGCCCUGGGAGGGAGCCCUCCGGGAUAAUUGAAGCUAUCUGCAUAGGUUGGUUCACUGCGGAAUGCAUUGUGAGGUUCAUCGUCUCCAAAAACAAGUGUGAGUUUGUCAAGAGACCCCUGAACAUCAUUGAUUUACUGGCAAUCACGCCGUAUUACAUCUCCGUGUUAAUGACAGUAUUUACGGGCGAGAACUCUCAACUCCAGAGGGCUGGAGUCACCUUGAGGGUGCUUAGAAUGAUGAGGAUUUUUUGGGUGAUUAAGCUUGCCCGUCACUUCAUCGGUCUUCAGACACUUGGUUUGACUCUCAAACGAUGUUACCGAGAGAUGGUUAUGUUGCUUGUCUUCAUUUGUGUUGCCAUGGCAAUCUUUAGUGCACUUUCUCAGCUUCUUGAACAUGGGUUGGACCUGGAAACAUCCAACAAGGACUUCGCCAGCAUCCCUGCUGCCUGCUGGUGGGUGAUUAUCUCUAUGACUACAGUUGGCUAUGGAGAUAUGUAUCCUAUCACAAUGCCUGGAAGAAUUCUUGGAGGAGUUUGUGUUGUCAGUGGAAUCGUUUUAUUGGCAUUACCUAUCACUUUUAUCUACCAUAGCUUCGUGCAGUGUUAUCAUGAGCUCAAGUUUAGAUCAGCUAGAUAUAGUAGGAGCCUCUCUGCUGAGUUCCUAAAUUAA